AUGGCGGAGCAAAACGAAUCACAGAAUCGAGGAGAUUCCUCGACAGGUGAUUUGCUCCGUGAUCCAAGCUCCCCAUAUUUUUUGACCUCUGCCGAUUACACCAAUGCUUCGUUAGUUCCAACGUUGCUUGACGAUGACAAUUACCAACGGUGGAAACGAAAUAUUUUAAAUUCCUUGAGAAGCAAAAAUAAAAUCCCAUUUGUGAAUGGAGAAUUGCUGCAACCAAAAGUUGGAAGCUGUGAAGCAUUGUUUUGGAGUAAAUGUGAUGGGCUUGUUCUUUCGUGGCUUAUCAAUUCGAUUAGUCCGGAUCUACAUGAUUCAAUCACUUAUCAUGACUCGGCUAGGGAACUUUGGGUGGAUUUGGAAGUACGUUUUGGUCAAAGCAAUGAACCCAGAAUCUAUGAAAUAAGAAAGGACAUUGCUUUGUCUACUCAAGGAACAGUUUCAGUGACCACUUUUUACUCCAAACUUAAGGCCUUAUGGGAUGAGUUGAGUGCCUAUUCAAACCCUUCAAAUUGCUCAUGUGGGGGACUGAAAGAAUGGCUUGCUGAAAGGGACAAAGAGAGCUCACACCAAUUUUUGAUGGGAUUGGAUGAAAAAUUUAAAACCAUUCGAUCUCAAAUAUUGGCAACUAAGCCUCUCCCUUCACUUAAUCGUAUAUUUAACAUGGUUAAAACGGAAGAGAAGCAACUGAGUCUUCUUAGUCCACACAAUUUUGAUGGGGCAGGAGCUUUCUAUGUUCAGCAGCAGCAACCACGAUCUAGUUCAGUUAGACGGCAACCAUCUCAAUACAGUUCUGAGAUGUUUCGUGUUCGGCAACAGCAAGGCCAACCACGUCAGAAUGGAAAUCAAUCUUCGAAACAACCCAAUUUACGAUGUGAUCAUUGUAAUAAGGCUGGCCAUACAAUGGAUAGGUGUUGGGAGCUUAUAGGGUAUCCGAAUAAUUGGCAGUCUUCAAAGAAAAAUCCCACCGCUGCAAAUGUGUGCUCAGAUGAUACAACAAAUUCUUCAAAUUCCACUACUUCAGUUAAUGGUUUGACAGCCGCAUAG